GUCUCCAUUUUGUGUACAUUGCGGAUACGUCGACAGAAAUUUAGACGUUCAAUAUUUUUUUGAGCGAAAGGCCUUUCUUCUGAAGUAUGAUUUCAAGAGUUAUGGAUUCACAGGAAAAGGUUAAUUAAUAGAGUGGCACUAGCACGUUUAAGGUGUGAAGAACCCUGAAACUAUUUUUAAAGCUCUUUUGCUGUAUUUCAAUGUAAAUGGGCCCUCCGUGUUUAGUGUUUGUGACGACUGAAUCCGGUGCAUUCGCGUAAACGAACUACACUGUGACAACCCACCGAGAUAGCUGGAGCUCUAAAACGGCCGACAAAAAAACUGGGUUUAUCGUGCCUAAAACGACGAAAUCAUUUCGCCGAGUCACACUGACUUCCUCACUUAACCGAUACAACGAUGAAUGGAAGCACGCAGCCAGACAUGGACGGCCCGAGUGAUGGCGGGUCAGCGACUACACGCCAGCGGACCAAAGACGAGAUGUGCUGUUGCUGCAUCUGCUUUCAUCCACGCUGCCUCCAACCAUUGGCAUCCCUUACACUAUUCAUUAUCAAUGUAUGUCUCCUGUUAUGCUUCUCGGCCGCCGCCCUGGCCGUCUUUGAAGGCCUAGUCACCACUAUCGAGACACGCUACCAGUUGAGUGCGGCAGAGAUCGGCCUGAGUGCCUCCAUGUUCACGGCUGGUACGGCCGUGUCUACUGUCAUUGUCACGCACUUUGGUGGUAGACCUACCAGCCGCCGUCCGAUCUGGAUCGGGCUGGGCGGGCUGUGCUUGGCUCUCGGUGCGGCCUUGCAUGCCUUACCUCAAUUCGUCCUGUCCCCCUACCAGCCGCCCAGCUCGGUAUUCCUGGGGUCUUCCUCCGACACUAACUCCUCGGAGUUUAUCAGCGGGCUCUGCAACUCUGAUGCCGGGAUCGGGACGGGAGAUGAUUCGUCGUGCGAAGCGGAAGAUCGGGAAAUACUCCGAGACAACAACGUCGCUUACAUUAUCAUCGUGAUUGGGCAGAUUGUCCUGGGUGUGGGUUACGGACCUCUGGUACCACUCACAUUGGCCUAUGUAGAUGAUAAUGCUACAAGAGGAACUACUGGCUUAGCAUCGGGAAUUCUAGAGAGCAUGUUCGGUUUAGGAGCCAUCAUUGGCUUCCAGAUAGCCAGCGCAGUGGUGGGUCUCUGGGUGGACUUUUACCGUGUCGAUGCCGCUACUGUUUCGGGGCUAACGCCGCAUGACCACGGUUGGGUGGGAGCCUGGUGGCUCGGUAUGCUCAUCGAAGCCGUCAUCUUCUUCGUACUCGCACUUCCGAUGUUCGGCUUUCCGAUGCGCAUCCCUGGUGCCCGCAAAGACAAAGAUGCGAAGAGGGUUGAAGAGAUCGAUCUUGGUGGUAAUGACGGGGACGAGAUUGUGAAGACAUCGGCACUCAAGGAUCUGAAAGAGUGGCCUCGCUCAGUUUGGCGCCUCCUUAAAAACUUGGUUUUCCUGCUGGCCUGUCUGUCGUUCGUCACAGAGGGCGCCCUUGUCUAUUCGCUGGCAGCAUUCUUCCCAAAGUACAUGCAAGUGCAGUUCGGUCUGGAUGUUUUCUCGGCCAACCUUAUAGCGGGUUUUGCCUUCGUGCCACCGUGGGCUAUAGGCGCGCUGAUCGGGGGCAUCAUUGUCAAGAAACUCGGGCCUCACAUUCAGGGCUCGGCAGCCAUGGGCCUGGUAUCCGGCGUACUCGCCUGCAGCUUUACUGUGGUACUUAUAUUCAUUGGAUGUGACAACCCACCCAUCGCUGGAGUGACCGUCGGGUACCACGGAUAUGACUUGGACCCCAACUUGAGUCUUGAAUCAGCAUGUAACACAGACUGUCUCUGCCCAGUUGACACGGCCUAUGCUCCGCAAUGUGGCUCGGACGGAGUGACGUAUUUCUCGCCCUGCCAUGCUGGGUGUACCCAGAUCCCGGGAAAUAAGACAUAUACAGGUUGCUCAUGCCUAAUGCCUGAUGAUCCUGCAACUACCCCCUCUGACGUCAUGGUCACACCCACGCCCUCUGCGUUGACCUUUGGCCUUUGUCCAUACACUUGCACCAAUGUGGUGGCUUUUAUCGUGCUGAUGGUUCUGUGGGCGAUCACUCUAAGCUCAGCCACGUCCCCGCGGAUCAUCAUAAUCGUCAGCUCCGUCCACCCAUCUGACAAGUCCUUGGCGCUUGGUAUUAGCCGCGUGCUGAUGUUGCUUAUUGGUUCCCUUCCUUUCCCGUUUUUGUACGGUGCAUGUAUCGACUCAGCCUGCCUGGUGUGGCAGACCCUUUGCGGUGAACGCGGCUCCUGUUCUAUCUAUGACAUCGUGCAGUUCAGGCGGACCAUCUACGCCUUGACAGCCGCCUUGAUUGCCGUACAGUGCCUGGCCUUUGCCGCUAUCUGGCUGAUUGCUCGAAUGAGGGCCAAGCAAAACACGCAAGGGAAAAACGCUAACGGAGAAAUGGCGGGAACAGAAGCAGCGGGAAAAGAUGGUGCCAAAAUGUCGCCACCCAACGGCUCGCAAAAUGAGGGGUACGCCAACGAAGAGGGAACUUUCAUGUAAGAUUUGUUGGAUUUCUCUUAACAUGAGAGAGCGAAGACUUGAUCAUGUGAAAUCUACUGAGUUUUUGGGGUCAUAGGCCUACAACAUGCCGUGUCGCGUCGAGAAAAUGGCUUAAUGUCCUCCGAUUUCAACAAGUUCAGCUCUUUCUAAACGUGAUAACUAAA